GACGCGCGCGAUGGUCGCCCGCGACGACGCCGAAAACGACCGCGAGCAACGCGAUCCGUUCGAGCUGUUGGCGCCGAUCGCGCGCCGCGCGCCGCGCGAGCGCGAACGCGCGACGGUGAAGGCUGACGAGGACGCCGAGCGAAUCUCGACGACGAAAACGAACGCGCGACGCGCCGAGACGACGACGGAGGGGGUGAAAACGCGCGCGGACGAGGAGAUCGAAGAUGUCACGGCGCGCGUGCGGGCGCUGGAGGCGAUCGCGCGCGAGGGGUUCGCGGAGAUGAGCGCGGCGUUGAAAACGUUGACGGGACAGGUGGCGGCGUUGAGCGAACGCGUCGAGACGCUGUCGACGACGUCGGAAAGGUUCGAGGCGACGGAGGAAGACGACGGCUCGGGGUCGUACGAUGAUGAUUACGAGGAGCACUACGAGGAGUGCCCGCCGCCGCCGCCGCCGCGAAGGGGGGAUCGGGGACCGACGCCGCGACGCCACGGUCCGCCGCCUCGAGGCGGACACGGUCCUCCGCCGCACGAGCGUGGACCUCCGCCGCACGAGCGUGGGCCUCCGCCGCACGAGCGUGGGCCUCCGCCGCACGAGCGUGGACCUCCGCCGCACGAGCGUGGACCUCCGCCGCAUCGUCACCCGCCACCACACGAGCGCGGACCACCGCAUCGCGGUCCUCCGCCACCGCACGGUCCUCCUCACGGAUACGGCGCGCCGCCACCGCACGGUUCUCCCCACGGGUACGGUGCGCCGCCGCCGCCAUUCGAGCAGCCGCGACCGGAAUCUCCAGCCUAUCCGACGGCGUACCCCGCGUACACUCCGAUCGAGUCUUCGCCGCCGCCGCCGCCGCCUGCGAGCGCGGUGCAAACAUCCGGAGCGGUGCCGCUCGAGCACAUGAUCGCCGACUUCGGCAACAUGGGCUUUAGCCGCGAACAGGUGUUGGGCGUCGUCGGCGAGAUGGCGGCCACAGGAAAGAAAAUCGAAGUGAACAGCGUGUUGGAUAAACUCAUGCGCGGCGUUUAG